AUGACGGAGAACUAUGCAACUACGUAUAAGAAUACACAAACCAGCGAUACUACAGAUUUUACAACCGAUGCCCCAUCCGAUAAUCCUUCUGGCCCUACAACCGAUGCCCCAACCCGGGAUCAUUCCGGCUCUACAACCGAUGCCCCAACCCAGGAUCAUUCUGGCUCUACAACCGAUGCCCCAAACCAGGAUCCUACAACCGAGACCCUAACCAGUAAUUCAAAUACAUCAACAGCAUUAUCUGGAACUCCUGAACCAAGCGCUAACAAUACAGAAAGAAAGACAACCGGAGAACCCAAAGAGACGACAUCUAAAGUUGGAGAUAUUACAUCAAGUCCCCCUGAGGAACCGCUAUCGUCUGGUGCAAUAGCAGGAAUUGUAAUUGUGUUUUUGGCGGGAACUGCCGCCAUAGUAGGUGGCAUUGGAUACGCAGUAAUCCAUUGCAAAUCGUCUUCUAAGGUGACUCCUGAGGACGAUGCGAACAAGGACAUUGAGAUAGAAAGCGUGUCUAACGAUACAGUCAAACUCACUUCCCCAGAUAAUGAUUAA